AUGGCCAUAUCUACUUUGAAUUUCUCAUUGCUCAUUACCAUUGUGAUCUUGUUACUUGGACAAGGUGGUGUGCACAAGAUUGAAGCUUCCCAUGAGGUAUACAAAGGCUACCAAAGUCUCGAGACCAUACCGCCCAAAUUCCAGCCGUACCGAACGGGCUUCCACUUUCAACCUCCAAGGAACUGGAUUAACGCUCUUGCAGGACCAAUGGUUUACAAAGGAAUCUACCACUUGUUCUACCAAUACAACCCAAAUGGUUCGGUUUGGGGCAACAUUGUUUGGGCACAUGCAACAUCCAAAGAUCUGGUCAAUUGGGAACUCCAACCGGUUGCACUCUCCGCAGCCGAACCAAACAUGGAUAUCAACGGUGCAUGGUCUGGUUCGGCCACAAUCCUUCCGGAUGGCAAACCGGUCAUUUUAUACACAGGAGUCGACUCACAGAACCAACAAGUCCAAAAUGUAGCCGUCCCCAAAAACCUAUCCGACCCAUAUCUCAUCGAGUGGACCAAACCACCCCAAAACCCAAUCAUGUCGCCCACAAUCCAGAACCAGAUCAAUUCCAGCUCCUUCAGAGACCCUUCAACCGGAUGGUUAGGCCCCGAUAACGUGUGGAGGGUCGUCGUCGGGAGCAAAAUUGGGAAACAAGGUGUGGCAAUCUUGUACAAGAGCAAAGAUUUCGUGAACUGGGUUAAAGACAAGAAGCCACUGCAUUCUGCUCAUGGGAAUGGAAUGUGGGAGUGCCCUGCCUUUUACCCUGUUUCUGUAGGAAACCGCAACAGUGUGGACACUUCGAAGAGCAGCAACGAUUUGAAUGUCAAGUAUGUGCUGAAAGUGAGCCUGGACGAUAUCAAGCAUGAUUACUACACGGUGGGGAGCUACAAUUACCAUACAGAUGUUUAUACACCAAACAGAGGCUCGAUCCAAAAUGGGUUUUCGGGAUUGAGGUACGACUAUGGUAAAUUCUAUGCUUCUAAGUCGUUCUACGAUGGGGAGAUGAACCGCAGGGUGUUGUGGGGUUGGGUGAACGAAUCUUCGAGUGUCGCUGAUGAUGUCAAGAAGGGUUGGUCUGGAGUUAUGGCGGUCCCAAGAAGAGUAUGGUUGGACAAAUCUGGGAAACAACUCCAUAUAAACCCAGUUCAAGAAUUCGUAAAGCUUCGUAUGAAUCCAGUUAGCUUGCGCAAUCAUGUCCUCCAACCAUCAUCGUUACUUAAAGUCCACAAUAUCACAGCAGCCCAGGCAGAUGUAGAGAUCGCAUUUGAAGGAUUAGACUUGAGCAAAGCAGAAGUGAUAGACCCAAGCUGGAUAAGCAAACCACAGGUGCUAUGUAACCAAAAUGAUUCAUCAGUUAGAGGAAGUCUAGGCCCAUUUGGGUUGAAGGUUUUGGCUUCCAAAGGCAUGGAAGAGUACACCUCUGUAUUUUUCAGAGUCUUCAAGAUGAACACCCAAAACAACAAGCAGCAUGUGGUGCUAAUGUGCAGUGACCAAAGCAGGUCUUCCCUUGAUAAGGAUGUUGACAAAUCAAAUUACGGCGCUUUCGUGAAUGUGAAUCCAGGUCACGAGAAGUUAUCGUUAAGAACCUUGAUCGAUCAUUCUAUAGUAGAAAGCUUCGCAGCAAAGGGGAAGAGUUGCAUAACAUCAAGAGUCUAUCCGAAAUUGGCGAUAGAUAAGGCUGCCCAUUUGUAUGCUUUCAACAAUGGACUUCAAAGUGUGAAGAUAUCAAGUUUGAAUGCAUGGAGCAUGAAGAGUGCACAAAUCACUGGAAAGCAAUGACAGACCUAUAUAUGGAACCUGAAGAAACACACUAUCCUUUCACAAAAAGUUGUUUUCGACUUGUAUUGUAAUUUGUUUUUCUUCUCGAUUUGGCUUUUUAAUGUCUUUCUCCUAUGUAUCCACCUUAUAACGGUAGUAUUUGGUCUCGUUGAGGCCUAUGAAAAGUAUAAUGAAAG